AUGAGAGAUAUUAGAGCUGUUGUUGCACUCGAUUUUGGCACAACAUUUAGUGUGUUAUCAUACGAUGACAGUCUCAAGUUAUUGGCGUGGGGGUAUCCAGCAUUGGCAGAAGAACCCUCAAAAAGAUCAAAGAGAAAUCAAACUCAAUCAAGGCCGGUGGAAUUAUUUAAACUCCAUUUAGCUAAUGUAAAGGAGGACGAAAAACCCCCACUUCCCCUGGGCCUAGAUUCUAGAAGGGCUAUUACAGAUUAUUUACAUGAAAUGAAUAAAGUGAUUUUAAGUACUCGAUGGCCUGGUAUGAAAUAUCCUCAACAAGUAAGAUUUGUUAUAUCAGUUCCUGCUGAAUGGGGUCAUGACGCAAGAGCUGUCAUGAGAGAGUGUAUGUACAAUGCUGGUUAUUUAGAAGCCAGGCAAUCAGAUAAUUUAGAAUUCACUACAGAACCGGAAGCAGCUGCUAUAUAUUGUAUAAAAACUUUAGCUGAACAUAAUCUAGCAGUAGGAUCAUCAUUCAUGAUAGUAGAUUGUGGUGGUGGUACGGUAGAUUUGACUACAAGGACAUUGUUACCCCAAAAUAAACUUGGGGAGAUCACUGAAAGGAGUGGUGAUUUGUGUGGGUCAUCCUAUGUUGACAGGGAAUUUUUAAAGUACCUUGGGAAAAAGUUAGGGUUUGCUGCAAUGAAAAAACUCAAGGAAAACAAUUAUGGACAACUUCAAUAUUUAGUACAAUAUUUUUGCAACAGAGUUAAAUUUACAUUUUCUGGAAACCCGAAUGGGUUUACCACAAAAGAGAUUGAUAUAGAAAAAGUUUGUCCAGCACUUAUGAAAUAUGUUACCGGUAAUGCACGGGAUCAGAUGGAGGAAGCUGAGUGGUUGAUUGAAUUGGAAUUUCAAGUCAUAAAGGAUAUGUUUGAUCCUGUGGUAAAUAAGAUUAUUGAAUUAAUCCGUCGACAAUUAGGUCAGAUGGAACGAAGAUGUAUGGCAAUGUUUUUGGUUGGAGGUUUUAGUGAAAGUCUUUAUUUACAAUAUCAAAUUCGUAGAAAUUUCAUGAAUAUGGUGACAAUAAUUGCUGUACCAAAGCAUCCUAUUGCAGCAGUGGUAAGAGGAUCAUUAGAAUACGGGCUUAAUAUGGGAGUAGUUCAAACUAGGGUUCUGAAAUUUUGUUAUGGAGUUGAAGUCAGUGCCAAAUGGGAAAAAAAUGAUCCACCAGAACGUAAAACUCCAACGGGACGUAUUUUCAGGUUUCAUAAAUUGGCUUUCCGUGGCACAGAAGUAUCGGUUGACCAAAAGUUUUCCUAUACAGCAGCGCCAGUAGCUACCAAUCAAAUAGACAUGACAUUUAAUAUUUUCAUUACAACCGAUAAUAAUGCAAGAUAUUGCGAUGAAGAUGGAAUGAGGAUGCUUGGUAAGAUGAAAAUCGAUUUACCAGAUCCACAAAAAGGCAAAAAUCGUUUAGUAGAGUUUAGUUUAACUUUCGGUACAAUGGAAGUUAAAGCAAUGGCCAUUAAUAAACGAACUGGCCAAAUUUAUGAAAGUAAUUUUGUCCUGGAAUUCUAA